AUGGGUGACUAUCCAAAAGCAGUCUUAUACCAUCAGAGAACUCUUUCAAUUGGGCAACAUUCACUUCCUGCAAAUCAUCCUGUUUUAGCCACAUCCUACACCAAUAUUGGUAGUGUAUAUACUCAGACGGGUGAGUAUCCUAAAGCACUCAGAUAUUUUCAGAGCGCUCUUACAAUUCAACAGCAAUCGCUUCCUGUAAAUCAUCCUGAUCUAGCCACAUCUUUCAGCAACAUCGGUUUGAUAUAUAAGAAUAUGGGUGAUUAUCCAGAAGCACUCAAAUAUUUUGAGAAGGCACUUUUAGUUCAUCAACAAGCGUUUCCUGCAAACCAUCCUCAUCUAGCCACAUUCUACAAUAACAUUGGUAGUGUGUACAGUCAUACAGGUGAAUAUCAAAAAGCACUCGAGCAUUAUGAGAAAGCCCUUUCAGUCGACCAACAAUCACUUUCUGCAAAUCAUCCUCAUCUGGCCACGUCCUACAACAACAUCAGUUUGGUAUAUCAUCAUAUGAGUGACUAUCAAGAAGCACUUGAAUACUACGAGAAAGCUCUUUCAAUUCGACAACAGUCACUUCCUACAAAUCAUCCUGACUUGGCGGCCUCUUACCACAACAUCGGUGGUGUAUAUAGUGAUAUGCGUGACCAUCCAAAAGCACUCAAAUACUAUCACAAAGCUCUUUCAAUUUGGGAACAAUCACUUCCUGCAAAUCAUCCUCAUCUGGCUACAUCCUAUAUCAACAUCAGUGUCGUGUAUAAGAACAUGGGUGAUUAUACAAAAGCGCUCGAAUAUUGUCAUAAAUCUUUUUCGAUUCGACAGUAA